ACUGUCUGUGGCAGUCCUACUUAGCAUCAGCUUUGAACCUUCGCUUCAUUGACAAGGAAGGUCACGAAGAAACCCUCCUCCUUUUGAGCGAUGGAGAUAUCAUAUAUUUAGAUCGUGAUCAACGUUCAGUCUGGCCAUACUUUACAGUAACUUCAUGUCUGGUGGCAACUUCAGGUCAGUAGAGUCACCUGAGACUAAUGACUUUUCCGGCGACUUGAAUUUUGAGUUUUCAGAGUACUUGAUGAUCCGCAAGUGGCUGGAUGAGGAUCCGAGUUUCGUAGGUUCGGAGUUUUCUGUCCAGAGUUCGGGUUUUCGAGCGAAUGAAGUUGGUGAGUCUGGUGCAAGGAGCAGCCAACCUGGAGGGUCUACUAUCAGAGGAGACAAUGGAAGCAGCCGGGAGAGGCAGGAAGCUAGAGAGAGAGUUGCAUUCAAAACAAAAUCAGAGGUUGAAAUAUUGGAUGAUGGGUUCAGGUGGAGGAAGUAUGGUAAAAAGAAGGUGAAAAGCAGCCCUAAUCCAAGAAAUUAUUACAAGUGUUCAGUUGGAGGGUGCCACGUGAAAAAAAGAGUUGAGAGAGAUAGGGAGGAUCCAAGGUUUGUAAUUACAACUUAUGAUGGAGUCCAUAACCAUCCAGGCCUCUAAUUUUUGAGCAUUUUUGGAGUUUGGGGUCCUCGCAAAGCGGGAAGCUUCGUUGGCUUGGAUCGCCCUUUUGCUGACCCCACAUAAUGGAACAAGGCUUGGUUGGUUGUUUGAGUUUACAGUUUGAAAGGAGAGUUUAUCUCGUGUGUUAACGCCUCAAUAAUGUGACCUGUAUUUCAACAACACUUUAAGCACUAGGAGUUUUUUUUAUUCCAAAUUUUUGUUCAUCUAUUGAUUUGAACAAAGACUGCUAUAUCUGUUAUGGAAAUUAUAUAUAAACUAAUGUAAUCGACUAUAAAUUUUCUAUGCAAAAUGUCUGUUCUUUGUCA